CUUGGCUGGCGUCGGGCCGAGGCAAGACAAGAUGGAUGAACCGAUGACAACAACGAAGGCAACACCGAAGACAGAGACAACAACGAAGCCGUUCAGGUAUCUGAUUUCUUUACGUCAAGAUGACAAGGUGUUCAACAAACUCAUCAAAGUCGACAAAAAACGUGAUGCACUGCAAGCUUCAAAAACAGCGUUCCAAGUGAACGGCGAUUACAUCCUAGAGUGGUACAUGAGUGACUUUGAUGACUAUGCCGUAGUAGACGAGGAAGCAGACAUUCCGAAUGCAGGGAAGGCAAGGCUCAUCCGGCUGGAGAGAUGCUCUACGCCACGGUCUUCUCCGCCACCAUUCUCGGCGGCUAACUUCGCGACGGAUGAUACGGUUCUGCUCCGCUACGGAACUCCUCUGGCCGAUGGUGGAGUGAUUCCUCUCGUCCCUGUCGGAUCUACCCCAACGAAAGCUGCAGCUGAUCGUGGAAAGGGGCCGAGUGCAGCAGCAGCCGCUGCUAUCGGCACGGCGACUGAUGGCCAUUUGUGUUUGGAUGCAAGUACCGACUCCUCCAGUGUGGCCGACUCCGUAAAGGAAACGACUGCAGGUGCUUCCGAAGACAGGCAGAGUGCCUUGUCCUCCAGCCUCACCAGCAAAGGACGCACUUCCAGCUUA